AAAAUAGAUCACGUGACUAAUCACGUGGUGCAAAAGUUUUCUUCAUCCAAGAAAGAAGAGGGCGACUCGACCUUUUUCUCUGUCCUCCAAAGCAUAAAGGGAGUCAGCGUGUCAGGCUCUCUGCGUCCUACCACCCCGCGACACGACGUGUCUUCGAAACAACCAGCACGUGACUCUGCCCCUCUUGUCGUGUGAGGCUGGAAGCUGCCAUGAGCACAACGGAAAAGAAGGCGCAGGUGCUUCAGUUGGAGCCGCCCCAGGAGCUGGUAUUCAAAGGGCCGUUCAAUGACGUCAUCACAGCCAACUUGGUCCUGCGAAACCCCAGUGAGAAGACGGUGCUGUUCAAGGUGAAGACGACGGCUCCCAAGCAGUACUGCGUGCGGCCCAACAGCGGAGUUCUGGAGCCGAGCAAACAUCAGAACAUUGCUGUGAUGCUGCAGCCUUCAGCCGACCUUUCGUCAGUGGACAAGUCGAAGCACAAAUUCAUGGUCCAGUCCAUGUAUGCCCCGCCCAAUUUCGUCAACGACAACCUUGACCAAGUGUGGAGGAACGUACAGAAAUCAGAGCUGAUGGACUCGAAGCUCAAGUGCUCUUUCGUUGAGGACGGGAGCCAGCAGCCUGCGGAAAAUUCACAGUCGGAGCCGCCUCCCCCUUACUCACAGACAGCUCAGGAUGGUAGUGGGGUUGAAGAGUUUGGUCAGGCGGAGGCCGGCAAAGAAGAUCUCCUCAUGACCAGUGCCACUGGAGAGACCAUUCUCCAGGUACCUUCUCCGCCACAGCAGAUGACCACCGGCAAGAAGGAAGAGGACCCAGUGAUGUUGAGCAUGAAGACACCUGCAGCAGUUAUGGUGCAGUCGACCGCAGGCUCCACACCAGCACAUGUAUCAAAGUCGGAGAGAGAAGAAGCAGAAGCAGAAGCGAAGUUGAGGGCUAUGCAAGAUAGAAUAGACCUAUUAACAAGUGAAAACAGUCAGCUAAAGGGUGAAUCAAGCCAACUUCGGGAGCGUAUAAGGCAAAAACCAGGAACAACGACAGCCACGGCAAAAUUCCCACCUGCCGGCCCCUCUCCCCCUCCCUCCUCACCUCUCAACAUUAUUGCCGUCUUGCUCAUUCUGGUGGCCCUCGUUCUGGGCUACUUAGUGGGUCGCUUGCUGUAGAGAGAGGCUAGGAGAGAAGAGGGAGGGAGAGGGGGAGAACAGCUGGGGGGUGCAUUUAGGAGGAGAUAGAAACGAUUAGGUUGAGAGGGUGAAUCUCAAAGUUGUGGAUGUUGUUGUACAUUAUCUCUUGGCUGUUUUUCAUUCUUCUCCUUUCUUUUUGUAUGUAUGAGGUAAUUUGUAUAUUAUACCACGCACAUUGGUUGAUGCUGGACAUGCCGCCGGAAGUUAAGUGUGUCGGCGCAAUAGCGUUUUGAGAAAUGUGCGCAUGCGUGAACACGCUUUGGAUCUGCUGGAGGGAUAUGCGUCGGCCGCCAGUGGCGUGUUUUCGACUACUCGUGUCGCUAGUCGCGGUCACGGCCCUGACUGCCCUCGUCUUACAGUCACGCUGCGGGGA